CGCUCCUCUACUCCUCGUCGUUAUCGCUCUGUUCGACUCACAUUGCCAAGUUUCACUGUAUUAUUCCCGCUGUAUCCAUACAAGUAGCGCCACUCCUUCCUUAGAACAUCACCAUGCCUCGUCUCCAGUUCUCGCGGAGAACCUCCCUUCUCGUUACCAACCUACGCAGCGCCUUCCUUGAAGCUUUCAACCGGAUCGUCUCAGCCAGUAGCGCCAGGAUCCUCGCCUUGAACUCGCAAGGGGAUUCCGACGCGGCCCGCGCUCUCGGCACGAUUGCGCGACGCGUACAAGCCGACUUGAGACGCGCCACCGGUCGCUACUUUCCCCUCUCGCAAGUGGUUGCAUCCAUACAUGCUAUCAAGGAUGGAGAUAGAGACCUUACUCGCUCCGGCAGCGCUGGCGGCAGCCCUCCAACUCGCGUGCCUCUGCAAAUCACAAUCACACCUACUUCUCCUCCCUCGGCUGCUGUCGACACCCCUCCUUCCUCGAUGUCUCGCCGGCGUCUUGCAUGCAACAUCCCGGCUCUCCAAACCCGCCUGAUCAUCCCGACACAUUCGUCAUACUCCCUCUUGACCCCUACAUACGGUUCUCCCUCAAGUCCGAGUCCCUCAAGCUUCCGCCCUCUCCUCACCUUUUCUCGGAGAUCUUCGCUCUCCUCGGGCGAGAGUGCUAGCUACCCUGUCACGCCUAUUGAGCAAAUCACACACACUCCUCUCUCGCCCCCGAGGAUUCCUCGCGCUCCUCCCCCGCCACCUCGUACCUGGGCACGGCUGCGUGCACAGAUGCACAACAACGAAAUCUCUCCUCUCGUGUCCCCCGGGCUUCCGUUUACACCAUACGUCCUUAGUCCCAUCUGCGCAGGGAAACCAGCGCUCUACCCCUUGCGCAUUCCGGUGACGGACACGCUGGCUGCGGGAGACGCUGAGCUUCGUGACAACCAUCUCUCUCACUCGCUGCGAUCUCUCUCGCCGUUCGGGUUGUCCCCCUCUGCUCCUGGAGAUGGUCCGUUGGCAUCCGCGGUCGUACAACGCCGUCCGGCCGCGUCUCGCAAUAACUCAACGUCAAGCCUAACUCGCGAAGCAUUGCUCCGCGCCUCCCGCCCUCAUAUUGGGCGCAGCUUCUCCAUGUCCGAUCCCAAGUAUCAGGGACAACACUUCGAGCGCUCCCUCUCCCCCGUCUCGCCCAUCGCGUUCGCCGGGUCCCCCUCGGGCGUCGCUUUGGCGUCUCCUUUCCUCAUCCAAUCCGAGGAAAUGGACACGGGGUACUUCCGCUUUUGAAUGUCUGCCCGACUCGUGAUUCUAUUGCCUCAUUGUCUUCAUAGCACUCGUACGUCCUGUCCAUAGUCGCUGCACUCGUCGCUUAUCGUUCUCGCUGUCCAUUACUUAUUGCGUUAAACCCCUGCCGUUGUAUACUGCACUGUAGUAAAGUUCGUCUCAUUUGCGUCCUCUGUCUCAUUGAUUACUGUACCCCUCGCUUGCCUU